AUGAAUAAAAUGAAAAAUCAAUUGUUUAGUGCUAAAGAAAGAGUUAAACCGAUCUCAGUUUUUAAAGAUAACUCUCCAAAUGCAAGAUCCAAAAGCCAAUUAGAAGAAAGCAAUGAACUUCAAAGCUUCUGGGUAGAUUAUGUUCUAAGCAGCUCAUCUCAGUCAUUAAAAAGGAUUCCUACCAGAUCUUAUGACCCUAUGCAUCAAAAGCUGAAAAAGAGAGAUAAUGAAGAGAGUUAUCAUGAAAAUUUAUUACCCAAGGAUCGAAAAAAGAAAAGAGAGAAGCUAAAACUAAUUAAAACCUCUAACAAAAUGUUUGAGGAAUAUAUGAUGGCACAUAACUUAAAGUUUUUUUUUGAAUUUGAUGAAGAGCAGAGAGCCCCAUAA